AUGGGAGCAGAUCUGGAACGGUUUGGAGGGUUGGGAUUAGAGGAGGUGGGAUUUGAGGGCUUGACGGACGGUGAGAGGGAGUUGUUCUCUGAACUAGCAGAGCAGUUUGCUCAGCAGCUGGGAGGGAUAGAAGAAACCAGAGGGGGUGGAAGGAGUGGGGUUGGUAAGGAGGCGGAGAAAGGCAAGGAGGCAGUGGAAGAGUGGGAGAUGCUUUCAGAUGAAGAAAGCAAUGAAAGCAGAGAGACUACUGAUGGGGAAGGCACGAUGGAGGAGUGUGCGAUGGAGAAGGAGUGUGCGAUGAAGCAGGAGGGUGCGAUGGAAGGUCGAGGGGAAGGUGUGGUGGGUGCAGCAGCAGGGGCUACUCCUGGUCGUGCAGCAGGACUCCCAGUACCGGCAGCCAGGGAGCAGGCUUUGGCAGCAGCGCAGCAUGCACUGGCAGGGGGACAGGCAGGGCAACGUGCGUUGUCCAGGCAGCAAAGAGCUGGGCAACGUGCAGCGAUAGGGGAACACACAUCGGCAGCAGGGCAGCAUGUGCUGGCUUCGGAGCAAACAGCAGGAAUGCCAGCCCCGGAGUGCUUCGUUACGCAAGCAUCAAGCGAACCACAAGCGGUGUCAUGGGGUUUCAGUGUGGAAGUGGCUGGGGGUGUGAUGGCGCAUGCUGAGCAUGGUACUCUACAGGAAGAAGAGGAGGUGGUGGAGGACCAGCAGCAGCAGCAGCAGCAGCAGCAGCAGCAGCAGCAGAAGCAGAAGCAAGAGAAGCACCACCAGAAGCAACAGCAGCAGCUGCAGCAGCCCAAGCAGGAGGUGGAGGAGGAGGAGCAGAACCAGAUGCUGCUGCUGCAGCAGCAGCAGCAGCAGCAGCAGCUCAAAUCAUCAAGCUUCGCACGACGCAGCUCUUUCAAUCUGAAAGGUGGCAGGAGCGGCAAGGCACCUGCACGGUGUGCUUCUGCAGGCGUCAUACGUGAAGCUCUUCCCGUGGAAGAGUGGAGGGAGCAGCAGAUGUCUACAAGCCACACCCCAUACCUGGAAAGUGGCAACACGAUUUCCAAGCUUUCCAGCCCUGCUUGGUCCGAGCCUCCACCUCAGAUUCAUUCCAAGCCUUACGGAGCAGCAGCAGCAGCAGCAGCAGCAGCAGCAGCAGCAGCAGCAGCAGCAGCAGCAGCAGCAGCAGCAGCAGCAGCAGCAGCAGCAGCAGCAGCAGCAGCAGCAGCAGCAGCAGCAGCGGCGGCAGCAGCAGCGGCGGCAGCAGCAGCGGCGGCAGCAGCAGGAUCAAAUGCAGCAGCAGAUGCAGCAGCAGCAACUGAAACAUCAGGAGCAGCAAGAGUGGCAAAAUCAUCAGCAGCAUCAACAACAGAAGCAGUAAAUUCAGCAACAUCGAUUGCAGUUGGUGCACCAGCAGGAACAGCUACACCUACUCCUGCAGCAACAAGAGCAGCUCACUCCAUUUCAGCCUCAUCUGCCAUUCCGCACUUGCAUGGAUACGACAACACAGACAAGUGCGGAAUUGAUGCCUUAGAGCAAGAUGGCACUAAGAGAAUCAACGGCUACGAGACUGGAGGUGCUGGCGGCAGUGGUGGUGAUGUCGAAAUGCAGGAGUGUGCAGCAGAGGGCCUCAGGCCUGUGUAUGAUGCUGGUGCUAUUGCCCUGCCUAGCACAGACCAGCUGUGUGCCACUCAGCCUAGUGCUGAGCAGUUGAAUUUCCAGCAGCAUAUCAUGGCAGACUUGACCCUUCCUCUGCCUCUCCCCUCAGCAGAUCCGUUGUUGCUCCUGAGAGAUGCUGAGCACUCUGCAUUUUCUCCCUGGUGCCUCAUCUCCCCACCUUCACACAUCGAGGGAGCACUCUUUCACAGUUUUAAGAAUCAUGCAUCUGCCUCCCCAGUCAUGGCGUGUUUGGGAGAAGCAAGUGCAGGUUUGGAGGGUGGGGGGCAGGCUGCUGAUGCAGGAGGGUUGUUGUAUACAGGGGACGGGGAUUUCAGUCACAUGGGUGCAAUCACCCCUGCUGGCGCCGGAACCUACACCAUUGAUGCGUUGGAGAGUUUCUCGAUGGAUAAUGGAGAGCAUAGGGAAUAA